UCAGUCGUAACCACUAUGACGCCGCGCGCGCACCUCUGAGCGACAACCACCGACCAGUGCGGCCAGCAUGUGCGUGAAGUUACAAUAAAAAAACAAAAUGUACCGACUAGUGAUAUUUUUGAGUGUCAUCCUUGUGGCGGCUACUGUCGAGAAUGCCCGCGAGGAAAAGUUAAGAAGCGCCUUGAUAGACGCUUUUCAGAACAUUAAAAAAGCGUCUGCCAAAGGCGGAAUCGACGACGAGGGUCCGCUCACGUCGGAUCUGAUAGGCUCCAUAUCCUUGCCCAAUUCCAGUAGGAAUGAUAAGACAACUACCGAUUCGUUCGAUUUGUUCGCGGACGAUGAGGGGUUGUCUUUCGGGGACGCGUUCGGAGACGUCGAGAGUGAAAAGAAAGCUCCGACGACGGAGAAGUCUCACAAUGUGCAGCACAUUGUGAAGACGACGAAGCAGGUGGAGAAAACGACUUCGAAUCCGAAUAAGGAUAUUUGGAGCAAACUGAGUGAUUCGAUAAGGACGACGGUGAACGAGUCGAAGAGUGUGCUGAAGCAAGAGAGUGCGAAUAUAACGAACUUGUUGGGGAUAGAGAGUAUGCUGAGAGUGUUCGACGCGGAGAUCCUGGUGCACCAGUGGAAGGACCUGCAGAGCGCGGUGGAGGGCCAGUGCAGGGACGACCUGCAGGAGUACGUGGACGGACUGGUCGAGAGGAAGCUCUGGGCACUCAAAAUGGAGGACGCGAGCGGGCGCUACACGUCGAUGUUCUACUGGGGCAACAACUACUGGACCGGCUCCGCGGAGCUGUGCCAGAUCCUCAACCAGCAACAUGCGCCCGCGCCCAGGCACAACAAGAGCAGUGGGUCGCAGAUCUUCAGCGAGUGGCGGCAGGACGUGUCGAUGUCGGGCUUCGGGCCGCCCUUCCAGGCCGCCUUCUACACCGUGCGCAUCAGCGUCACCAGCGACAUCGAGGAUAUUGUUAGCACCCGGCGCACGCUGCACCUAGGCCUGUGCCUGCCCGAAUCCUGCUCGCGCGAGCGCGUGGGCGCGCUGGUGGGCGCUGCGCACGCGCCGCUCCUGCGUCAGAGCGUGGUCGCCGUCCGCUCGCCGCAGCAUGGCGGAUACACCUACACGAGUGACCCUACCUUCCAAGUUCUGCUCGGUGUCUCGACCGCAGUAGCCAUACUGCUGAUCGUGGCGACGGCUUACGACCUGCGGCUGGCGCGCGAGGUGCGCCGGCGCCGGCGCCGCGCUGCCAAUAUGGCGGCCGCCGACAGCGGCGCGCGCGGCGACCUGAAGCUCGACCUCAAUGGGCUGGACGACAUCACUGUUGCUAAUGGAAAAUCUAUGUACAACGUGAACAACAACAUCGCAAUCAACAGCACUCAUUCGGAAGAACGGUUGACUGGGGAAACUGCGUCUACCACUGACGAUGAACUCAAACUAAGCAUCUGGUCCGAGCUACUGCUGUCGUUCUCGAUGAAGGCCAACAUCCUGCAGAUCUUCGACCAGAGCGUGGGCGCCGACACCGUGCCGGUCGUGCACGGGCUGCGCUCGCUGUCCAUGGUCUGGGUCAUCUUCGGACACACCUGCAUCGUCGUUUUCAAGGUGAGAUAUUCAUUCAAUCGAACGAAGAAUUUGCUGACAGCGCCAUACCUGUUCAUGCUGGGCGUAGUGGAAGUGACGAUGAAGUGGUUCGCCCACAACGCGGUGUUCGAGCCGCCGGCCAUGGAUCACGAGACUUGCCCGCAGUACUGGUGGCGCAACCUGCUGUACAUCAACACGCUCUUUCCCGUGGAACAGAUGUGCAUGUUAUGGAGUUGGUAUCUCUCUGAUGAUACUCAAUUUUAUGCUGUCAGUGCUAUCCUACUCAUCUUGGCAACAAGCCACUUCAAACUCUCCGUCUCGCUUACGGGAGUCUUCUUCGUGUCCUCCCUAUUCACGACAGGAUACGUUUCCUGGAGCAACGAGCAUAUUCCUAACAGCGAAGACCCCUUCACACAGUUCGAUAAGAUCUACGACAAGCCCUGGACGAGAUUGGGACCCUACCUGGUCGGAAUGGCCACUGGAUGGAUCCUGUUCAAAACCAAUUUGAAGAUCAGAAUGGGCAGGGUAUGGGCGGGCGUGGGCUGGGCGGCAUGCACGGGGAUGCUUCUGUUCCUGAUCUUCGGGCUGUACCAGACAGAGCUGGGCGUCGCCAGCGCGGCAGUCUACAGCGCGCUCUCGCACUCGCUAUGGGCGGCCUGUAUCGGUUGGAUCAUCAUCGCCUGCUCCACGGGAUACGGAGGCUGGGUCCGCAGCCUGCUGGCGGCGCCGGUGCUGUACCCGUUCUCGCGCGUGACGUACUGCGCGUACCUGGUGCACCCGGUGGUACUACGCUACGUGGCCAUGCAUCUCACGCACCCCAUCCACCUUGGAGAACUGCUUGUGUUCGUCCUGUUCCUGGGGCUGACGGUGAUAUCGUACGUCCUAGCGUUCAUCAUCUCCGUUGCCUUCGAGGCUCCCAUCGUCACCAUGCUGAAGAUUGUCUCCCCACAGCGUAAGCCGCAUCGAGUGUGACGUCACCGACUGAAGUGACGUCACCGACCGAAGUGACAAUGUCUCGAAAAUACUCCUCGAGAAUGCGCGAUAGAAAUGUACCUAUAACUUUUUUCUUUUAUCCUGGUUCUGCCUGGCCAGUAACUUAUAAAAAAAUAUUGUUUGCACUUUUUGUGCUAUCGUAUAAGGUGUUCGUGAUCAGGAUCUUGACAUCAAUAAGGGUCUUUUAUAGAGAAAAAUAGAUUUACAUUUGGACUUAAACCAUUUUCAUCAAGUUCAAAAUGUGUUGGCAACAAUUCAGCUACCACCAGGUUUUAGGCAGGCAGUUUCAGGGGACUCUCAAGACUUGUAUAACUCACAAAUUAGAUAGAGUAUGUUCUCUCUACUCAUACUAUGUUCUCAGUUCUAAACUAAAAGCUAAACCAAGAAUACUCUUUCACAGAAUGAACUCCUAUAGUUGGCUUAAAUAUUUGAAUUUCAAAUGGGUGGGUUUCAUGACAACCAAUUUACAAAUAUAAAGUGACAAAGUUUACCAAUAAUUAAGUAAGCAUAUGCUACGUGCUUACGUGCUUAGGCGUCUACAUUUCGUACCUGUAUUAGUGAAAAUUGGCUUAGUACUUGCCUUUAAGUAAGUAAGUACUAUACUAAAUAAAUAUAUUUUCGGGACAGUUGGUUAACCAAAUUAAAAACUUGAACUAGUGUAGAUUUUUAUAUUCAACCCAAUGAAAUACUUGAGUUGGAUCUCAGAAACAACAAAUUUCUUUUUAACAUAUUAUUUAAAUCGAUAUUAAAAUAGCGAGUAAAUAAUCGUAAUGAAAAUUGGAAGCUUUACUUUGAAAAUGUUUGUGGUGUUAGAUUUUCGUACUUAAAUUAAAAUUUAUUUUACUUUAUUAGGUCAGAUGAAGGCCAAAGCAUUCGAAUGUGAAAAAUGUGAAUAUGUUUUGCUCAUUUAGAUACUAAAUUACGUAUUUUAUAUUAUUUACCCUACAAAUAUAAAAUGAAUGAAUGAAUGAACGUAGCCUGAAUGAAAUUGCAAAGGCAUGACAAAAUGUUAUAGUGUAUGUGAACAGUGAAUGGUACCUACUUUAAUCUUCUUUAUUAUGAAAAUGUAAAUAAGUCUGUUUUAAUUAAUUAGAUUAUGUAAAUAAGUUGUAAAUAUUAAAAUUCGUAAGUUUAUACUGAUUUAUUGUUAAGUCUUAAUUUGUAAAGUUUUAUAUUGAAAUAAAUAUGAUAAAACUAAAGGUACAUGUUUCUUAAGUACAACCUUAUCACUAAGACCUAUAUAUUUUAUUUAUACUUAUACAAACAAGUGAUUCAGUCUUCAUAAAAUAGGCAUAAAAGUAAG